UGGACACACAGGGCUCUCCCUCCCCACAACCCUCACGUCUACGUCCAAAGUAGGGGCACCCUCCUACCACCUGUAGAGAAGAAGGAGUGGAUUUGAAAUCAAGUCCAGGUAUCUGGGGUCCCAAGACAGAACUGGACUUCGGACCCGGUGUCCUGCUGCUUCUGCUGGGGCUCCUCCAGAUGUUAUGGAGCUGGGUCUGUCUCCGCCUCAUCUCAGCAGCUCCCCAGAAGACCUGUACUUGGCCCCUGGGACCCCUCCUGGGACUCCCCCACCUCCCGAUGCCCCUCUGCCUGGGGAGGUGAAGAGGUCCCAGCCUCUGCCCAUUCCGACCAGCAGGAAUCUUCUUCGAGAGGAGGAGCUGCGGGCAACCUCUCUACCCUCCAUCCCCAACCCCUUCCCUGAGCUCUGCAGUCCUCCUUCACAGACCCCCAUUCUUGGGGGGUCCUCCGGUGCAAGGGGGCUGCUCCCUCGAGACACCAGCUGCCCCCAUGUAGUGAAGGUGUACAGCGAAGAUGGGGCCUCCCGGUCUGUGGAGGUGGCGGCGGGCGCUACGGCCCGCUACGUGUGUGAGAUGCUGGUGCAGCGAGCUCAUGCCCUGAGCGAUGAAAGCUGGGGGCUGGUGGAGUGCCACCCCCAUCUAGCACUGGAGCGGGGCUUGGAGGACCAUGAGUCCGUGGUAGAGGUGCAGGCUGUCUGGCCCAUUGGUGGAGACAGCCGCUUUGUCUUCCGGAAGAACUUCGCCAAGUAUGAACUGUUCAGGAGCUCUCCACACUCCCUGUUCCCAGAAAAGAUGGUCUCCAGCUGUGUGGACACACCGACAGGCAUAUCCCACGAAGACCUCAUCCAGAACUUCCUGAAUGCAGGCAGCUUCCCAGAGAUCCAGGGCUUUCUGCAGCUACGGGGGUCCGGACGGAAGCUUUGGAAACGCUUCUUCUGCUUCCUGCGCCGCUCUGGCCUCUAUUACUCCACCAAGGGCACCUCCAAGGAUCCCAGGCACCUGCAGUAUGUCGCAGAUGUGAACGAGUCCAACGUGUAUGUGGUGACCCAGGGUCGCAAGCUCUAUGGGAUGCCCACCGACUUUGGCUUCUGUAUCAAGCCGAACAAGCUUCGAAACGGCCACAAGGGGCUUCGGGUCUUCUGCAGUGAGGAUGAACAGAGCCGCAGCUGCUGGUUAGCAGCUUUCCGCCUCUUCAAGUAUGGGGCGCAGCUGUAUAAGAAUUACCAGCAGGCGCAGUCUCGCCACCUGCGUCCAUCCUGUGUGGGUUCUCCACCGUUGAGGAGUGUCUCUGAUAACACCCUGGUGGCCAUGGACUUCUCUGGCCGUGCUGGGCGUGUCAUCGAGAACCCCCGGGAAGCUCUGAGUGCAGCCCUGGAGGAAGCCCAGGCCUGGAGGAAGAACCACCGUCUCAGCCUGCCCACCCCAGGCUCGGGCACGAGCCUCAGUGCAGCCAUCCACCGCACCCAACCCUGGUUCCACGGACGCAUUUCCCGAGAGGAGAGCCAGCGGCUCAUCGGGCAGCAGGGCCUGGUAGACGGCCUGUUCCUGGUCCGAGAGAGUCAGCGCAACCCACAGGGCUUUGUCCUCUCCUUGUGCCACCUGCAGAAGGUCAAACAUUAUCUUAUCCUCCCGAGCGAGGAGGAGGGCCGCCUCUACUUCAGCAUGGACGACGGCCAGACUCGCUUCACCGACCUGCUGCAGCUCGUGGAGUUCCACCAGCUGAACCGUGGCAUCCUGCCCUGCUUCCUGCGUCAUUGUUGUACUCGCGUGGCCCUCUGAUGGCCGCUCCCAGUGUGGCCCCGGAGGUGCAGAAGCUCGCCAAGCAUCGGAGCGCACCCCUGCUCCGGAGAGAGUUUCUGCUUUGCUCCUUUGCCCCCCCUCAGGCAGAAAGAUUCCCCACCCCCCACCUCUUUCCUCAAGAAAAGGCACUGGGGGCGGCCCUCCCCUCCGUGGGGCCCCUGGGCACUGCCCUGCGGCAGGGCAUUGUGGGAGAAAUGGGGGCAGCCCAGGUGGUCUGAUGCCCCACACUUUGUACAGACUGAGAGGCCAGUUGAUCUACUGUUUUAUACG